AUGCACAGAUACAAACAUAGUGCUGUUGAGGUUUUACACUUACGCACAGACUGGGACAAUGAUGGGGAGAGAGAAGGGCAUCAAAGAAAUUCUGGGCGACACACCCAAACCAAGGCAAUUGCCCUUAAUGAGAAUCUCACUGCCCCAAAUGGUGAAGGAUAUAAACCACUGUGGAAAACCUUCCUUUUUAAGUCAACUGUUUCUGCAGAGCAGUGUGUUUCUGUCAGCACAAGCUCUGAUCAGAUAUUCAAACAUAGCUAUUUGUGGACAGACCAUUUGGAACAUCUGAAAAGUAACCUAGUCCAUGCUGAGAAUAAUGAUUUGAGCCAUUUGGAAGAUUGGACUGGCCUGACCUUAAAUCAGAGAUUUAGAAAUGAAGAACAAAGUGCUCAGUGGGAUCCAUUCGAGAGGGGCUUCACCGAGGAGUCGAUCCUCCAGAAUGACCAGAGGCUUUUCACUGGAGACAGAUUUGCUCAAUGCACUGAAUCUCAGAAAACAUUGAACCAGGGCUCCAGUGUUCACCGAUGUGUCAGGGCUAGGUUUGCAGAGAACCAUUACGAAUGUGAUAAAUGUGAGCAAGGCUUUUAUCCAAGCUCUAACCUCAGUAUACUCCCUUCAGGAGACUGUCUUCAUAAAGAUAAUGAAUGUGGGAAAGCUUGUAACCAGUCCUCCAGUGUUGGUGAUCAUCAGAGAAUUCAUGAGGGAAAAAGCCCAUUCACAUCUAGUAAACCAGGGACCAUGUUUACUCAGUCACCAAGCCUAAACAUCAAUGAGAUAAUCCCUCAGGGAGAGGAAGCUUACAUCUUUAAGGAAUGUGGUAAAUCCUUUGACUGCCACUCAACACUAUCUCAACAUCAGCAAAUGCAUACUGGAGAAAAACCUUACCAGUGUCAAGAAUGUGGCAAGGCCUUUAAACAUCCUUCACACCUCACUCAACAUCACAGAAUUCAUACUGGAGAGAAACCUUACCAAUGUCAAGAAUGUGGGAAGGCCUUUAAUAUGCACUCUCACCUCACUCGACAUCAGGGAAUUCAUAAUGCCAAGAAAACUUAUGAAUGUCAAGAAUGUGGCAAGGCCUUUUAUGACAGGUCAACCCUUACUCAACAUCACAGAAUUCAUACUGGAGAGAAACCAUACCAAUGUCAAGAAUGUGGCAAGGCCUUUAACCACAGCUCAAUCCUUACUCGACAUCACAGAAUUCAUAGUGGAGAGAAACCUUACCAAUGUCACGAAUGUGGCAAGAGCUUUAACUGGAGCUCAGCCCUUAUUCAACAUCACAGAAUUCAUAGUGGAGAGAUACCUUACAAAUGUCACGAAUGUGGCAAGGCCUUUAUCUGGAGGUCAAGUCUUACUGAGCAUUACAGAAUUCAUAGUGGAGAAAAACCUUACCAAUGUCAAGAAUGUGGCAAGGCCUUUAACUGCCUUUCACACCUUACUCGACAUCAUAGAAUUCAUAAUGGAAAGAAAUCUUACCAAUGUCAAGAAUGUGGCAAGGCCUUUAACCACAGCUCAACCCUUAUACGACAUCACAGAAUUCAUACUGGAGAGAAACCUUACCAGUGUCAGGAAUGUGGCAAGAGCUUUAACCGGAGCUCAGGCCUUAUUCGACAUCACAGAACUCAUACUGGAGAGAAACCUUAA